ACCUGCAUAUGCAAAAUAUCAAAAUAUCACGCCAAGACAGCCGGGGUUGUGAUAAGCACCUUGCUUCUCGCUCCCUAAUUCGUCAAUGAGCAAGGUUUGCUUAAUCUUGAAAUCAUUGUACAUAAACUUGGGCUAAGUCGAUAUAAGCUCUUAUCUAUCCAACUCUGGACAUACCUAACCUAGGCACAUAAUCAGCAUGUAGGUUAGACGAAUAAGAAAGCAAACGACCAGGCAGUCAGUCAGCUAGUCAGUGAGGGCAUUUACGCCCAAGUUUUUGACUAUCUCAAUGUGCCUAUAAAGAAAUGGAUUUCUUGGCGAUUCGACAGCGUGGCCAAGCCAUCCAGGAGAAGACUCGAGCUCGGUUGACGGAUAGGCAUAGCUGGAAAUUGCCUAAGCAGACCAGCAGUAUUGCGCCACCGCACGUCUGGACGAAUGCUGAUCAAGACCCUGUGCCGGAGGAUCAACGGACUUGGACGAAGUGGGCGUUCAUCGGCUACUGGUACUCGGACCUGGUUACAAUCUCAACAUGGACGGCCGCCAGUGCCAUAAUGACGACGGGCUUGACGGCGACCGAUGCGGUUCUGAUUGUCUUUGUUGCGGCUAUAUGUAACGCAAUACCAACCGUGCUCAACGGCGCCAUCGGCGCGGACCUGCACAUCCCCUUCCCGAUCGCCUGCCGCGCCAGCUACGGGUACUGGCUCAGCUACUUCUGCGUCGCCACGCGCGCCGUCCUCGCGCUCUUCUGGUUCGGCGUCCAGAGCGCCAACGGCGGCACCUGCGUCACCGCCAUCCUGACGUCCAUCUGGCCCAGCUACGCCCGCCUUCCCAACGCCCUGCCAAGGUCCGCGGGGACCACGAGCCAGGGCUUGCUGAGCUACUUUGUCUACUGGUGCAUACAGUUCCCGCUGCUGCUGAUCCCGUCGCACAGGCUGCAGUACCUGUUCUGGACGAAGACGGCGCUGGUCACGCCGAUGGCGCUGGCGAUGGUUGUUUGGAUCACGGUGAGGGCUGGGGGGCAGGGGGACUUUUUUUAUGCGCCGGCGACGGUGUCCGGGUCGGCGAGGGCGUGGCUUUGGUUGUCUAAUCUUACAAGCGUAACAGGCGGCUACUCGACCCUCGCCGUCAACAUCCCCGACUUCUCCCGCUUCUCCCGCACCCGCGGCGCCCAGCUCUGGCAGCUGCCCUUCAUCCCCCUGUUCAAGACCCUCGUCGGCAUCUGCGGCAUCGUCUCCGCGAGCGCCUCGGCACAGGUCUACGGCGCCACCUACUGGUCGCCCCUCGAGAUCAUCGCAGCGUGGCAAUCCCCGCCCACCCCCGGCGGUCGCGCGGCAGCCUUCUUCGCCGCGAGCCUGUGGCUCCUCGCGCAGAUCUCCGUCAACGUCAGCGCGAACGCGGUCUCGUUCGCCAACGACGCGGCGUCGCUCGCGCCGAAGUGGCUCAGCAUCCGGCGGGGCGUCGUGCUGGUCGCCCUGCUCGGCGGCUGGGCCCUGUGUCCGUGGAUCAUCGUGUCGUCCGCGGCGAGCUUCCUGGCCUUCAUGAGCGCGUACGCGAUCUUCAUGGCGCCCAUCGCCGGGGUCCUCGUGUGCGACUACUGGGUCGUCAAGCGCAGGCGGUACGACGUGCCGGCGCUGUAUGACCCGGGCGGGAUAUACAGCUAUCGCGGCGGGUUUGGGGGCAGAGCUGUGGGAGUUAACUGGCGCGCCCUCGUCACGACGCUCGCGGUCAUCGUGCCCCUGCUGCCGGCGCUCGCGCAGAAGGUGGCGCCGCAAAGUGUGCGCAUUGGUCAGGGCUUGGUCAACCUGUUUGCGUUCAAUUGGCUGUAUGGGUUUUUUGUCUCCUUCGUCUUGUACUACGCGCUCAACUACUUUUUCCCGGAUCGGGAUACCCUGAUCCCGUGUGUGGUUUUGGGAGACCGGGGGGCGGUUCUGCAGGCGGCGGGGGCGGACGAUGAUGAUGAUGUAGAGAGUGGUGGUGGCGGUGAUGGUGGCGGUGAUGGUGGUGGUGAUGUGGAAAGGGGGAUUGCACAGAAUGAAAAGAAAGAAGAGGAGAGCGUUAAGAAGGCUAAGGUUAUGGAAGAAGUGUAACGGGACACUUAUAUCUACCUACGUAGGCACUUGAUACCUAGGCGAUGAGUCUUUGAGCUAGAAUGAUGGAGUCGACGAUUAUAUUCUAUGAUUCUAACGAGUCUAUCUGAACAUAAGAGG